GAUACCGUCACUGUUGGCAAUUUAUAAAUAAUAUAAUUACAGAAAACACAUUCGAUUUGGAUGAAAUACAAAAUUGUGGACUCUUUAUCAAAAAUCUAUUUGAGUUGUGUGUUUGUGUGAAUUUUAACAUCUGGUUUAAUUUCUAAUAUUUAACAAUGUUUGUAAAAUUGUGUAUAGUUCUCUUGUUGGGAACUUUAUGUCAUGCCGACGAAGAAGAGACGGGUGCAAAAUUAUUAGUAUCGAAACAUGUCCUCAACAAAUACUUGGUUGAGAGUAUGGAUUUAGUUGUAAAAUACACGUUGUAUAAUGUGGGUAACGCAGCUGCCACAGAUGUUGUAAUCACUGAUCAUGGUUUCCAUCCAGAAGUUUUUGAAACUGUUGCUGGUAAAUUGAAUGCAAGAUUUGAUCGAAUUCCACCACAAAGUAAUGUGUCACAUACUGUGGUGUUACGUCCAAUCAAAUAUGGUUACUUCAAUUUUACGGCUGCUGAAGUUAAAUAUAAACGUUUUGAACAAUCAACUGAGGAACAAUACGCAGUCAGUAGUGAACCAGGUGAAGGUGCCAUUGUUGCCUUCAAAGACUACGACAAAAAAUUCUCAUCACACGUUGUUGAUUGGCUAACUUUUGCCAUUAUGACACUCCCAUCAUUGGUGAUCCCGUUCGCUCUAUGGUACUCCAGCAAAAUCAAGUAUGAAAAUGUUAUCUCAAGUAAAAGUGAAGCAAGUCGUCCAAAGAUUAAAUGAAAAUAGCACAAAAAUUUAAUUUAUUUAUAAAACAAUCACUAUGUGAUUGAAGUGUGAACAAGGGGAGGGAAGAGACAGUGGGGUAAAGUAAAAAAAAAAAGAAAUUGUUAAAAUUACUUGUGUUCAUG